UUUACCAUCCCCCAGUAAAGACAAAGUAGAAGAAUUGGCUUUUCUGUUCAUGGAUUGGUAGGGUUUUCUCUUCGAUUAAUUAAAUAUAAACUAAAUCAAAAUCACCAUGAAGUCUACUCUCUUUUUAUGUCUGUUUUCUGCAGUAUUUUUGGCUUUCGUUUCAAUAGUUCGGGCAGAUGUCGAAUUCUUAACACCUGGCUCAGGAGCUCGAUGGGCAGCUGGCUAUACUUAUGCAGUACGAUGGAAACCACCCGCAGAAGAAUUUCUAGAAGUGGCUCUUGAACGUUCUGAUCAUAAUAAAACUGUAAUAACAAGUAGCAACAUUAUCCCAUCGAACCAGACCUUUUGGUUUGUCAAGGUCAAUAAAAAAUGGUUGAAUAAUCAAGAUAAUACGACGGCUCGUAUCGUUGUCGCUCCACAAAACGGCGAAAAUACAAAAGUUCAAAUUGGUCCCGAAGUUCUUUUGUCCAAAACUUUUUAUUGGAUGCAAGUUGUAAACGAAAAAUCAUCAUUUGAUUACAACCCCAUAGACAGGCGACUAGCUAUCGGCCUUUCAGUUGCCUUAAGCUGUAGUAUCCUUUUGGUAUUUAUUAUCCAUCUUAGUACUCGGAAAACCCGAAGGAUUAUUGCAAAUGAAGGGAGGAGAAUCCAACUGUCUACUUAUCGUAAAUAGUGACUCAUCCUUUUUUGGUCAAAAAAGAUGAUUGCGUUUUAAAAAGAAACAAAUCUUUAUACGACCAAUUUUCGUUCAAAUUUUCAGUCGUCGCUUCUUGGGAAUAUGGACUUUUCAAUCCAACUGAAAUGUCCAGAAAACUGUUCUGAAAUGGAACCCAUGUAAAGUGCCUUCUAUUUUUAUUAUAAGCAUAAUUAUUAUAAAGCGAGUUCUGACUUUCGUUUCGAAAAUGUUGCUUCAUGCACUCAAACACGCAAAUAUAUGCUAUGCUGACCUGGCCUGGUCGCUUGUAAGCCGUGAAGAAGAACGUUACGAUAAAUGCUUCUAUUUAACCAUAAAAAAAGCUUUUUUUCAUCCCACUUCCAAAAAAUAUUUGGAUGCUAUCAUUAGCAGGAGGAAUUUCAAAAUCCGAGAAAUACUGCAUUUUUUUUCAUUUUCAUUUUAGUUUUAACUGUAUCUCAAUUUCUAUUCACGU